GCUGCUAUCGUUGACUGUUGCCAAGCGAAUCUCCACCUUUGUUUUUUGUGUCCCGCCUCUUUGCCUAAUAACUUGGAGGUGCUGGUUUGAGCGUGAGGUGGUAUAUUCUACAGAGGCUGUAGGUGGGCGGUUUCCAGCCUUUGCUGUUUAGUAUGGCACUGCGAACUGGUGCAAAGUUUGGGAUGGCCUUGUUACAGGGGUUUCACCGCGGAGUCCUCAAGGUAGCUACCCAGAAGUGGGACGUAGGGUCGAGAUGGGAGAGUUACUUAUCGGUGGGAGUUCCAGCUACGCAGAAGGCUUUGCAGGAGGAUGAGAUGAAUGUGGACAGAAAAAGUUUUCUGAAACAUGCACUUCCUUUCUCUGCCUUCCUGACUGAUGGUUUUGGACGCCAGCACGAUUACUUGCGGAUAUCUGUAACCGAGAAAUGCAACCUACGAUGUCAGUACUGCAUGCCAGAAGAAGGUGUAUCAUUAACCCCUAAACCUCAUCUUCUAACGACAGAGGAAAUCAUUACAUUAGCAAAGCUGUUUGUAAAAGAGGGGGUCAAUAAGAUUCGUCUGACUGGUGGGGAACCACUCAUCAGACCUGAUAUUGCAUACAUAAUAGCUGAAUUACGAAAACUACCAGGUCUCCGUACAGUUGCUAUAACAACCAAUGGGAUAAAUCUCUCUCGGCAGCUUCCUACGUUGAAAGAGGCUGGUCUUGAUUUAAUUAACAUCAGCUUGGAUUCUCUGGUGCCAGCAAAAUUUGAGUUCAUUGUUAGGAGAAAAGGUUUCCAUAAGGUAAUGGAAGGAAUCAGCAAAGCAAUUGAGCUUGGAUAUAGUCCUGUUAAGGUGAACUGUGUAGUGAUGAGGGGUUUGAAUGAAGAUGAAGUUGUUGAUUUUGUGGCCCUUACAGAGAAGAUGCCUCUUGAUGUCAGAUUUAUUGAAUACAUGCCUUUCAAUGGUAACAGGUGGAACUUCAGAAAGAUGGUGAGCUAUCAGGAAAUGCUAGACCGAGUAAAAGAGACAUGGCCUACACUGGAGAAGCUGCCUUCAGGCAAAUCUGACACUGCAAAGGCCUACCAAGUGCCAGGCUUCAUGGGACACAUAGGCUUCAUCACUUCCAUGUCAGACCACUUCUGUGGUUCCUGCAACCGGUUGAGGAUCACUGCAGAUGGAAACCUUAAGGUAUGUCUGUUUGGAAAUGCUGAAGUUUCUUUAAGAGAUUAUUUGCGCAGUGGAGCCUCAGAAGAGGCGCUUCUUCAGAUCAUUGGAGCAGCAGUAGCCAGGAAGAAGAAACAGCAUGCUGGUAUGUUCAGUCUCUCUCAGAUGAAGAAUCGGCCUAUGAUCCUGAUUGGCAAUGACCUUUGCCCAUCACUGGUAGCAGUACACACAGUGCAAAAAUCCGUAGAUAAGAAGAAAGAUCGGAGCUUGAGCUGCAAUCCGCAUUUAAAUGAAAAAAUGGAACCAGCAUUAAAGAAAAAUGUAUUUACAAGAUAUGGAAAUUUGUCACUGCUGCUCUUCAGACAAAUUCUUGCAAAUGAAAGACAGCUAAAUUUCCGAACAUAUUGUGCCACCAGCAGAAAUUCAAGUGCUACCUCUGAUAUGCUGUGCCUUAACGAUGCUUCUCUUGAAAACAAAAAUAAGGUUUUAACAAGUAUUUCCAAUAGAAAUGUUGAGGGGGCUUCAUUUUGGGAGGAGGGCUCAUGUUUGGAAAGAAACCAUAUUACUCAGAAGGAUGCUUAUGCAAAGCAGGAUUUUAAUGUACCAUCAUGUGCAGAUAAUCUGACACACACAGAUUCACAAGGCAGGGCCACAAUGGUAGACGUCAGCAGCAAGCAUGACUCUGAACGUACUGCUGUUGCUACUGCUGUUGUAAACUUAGGAGAAAAGGCUUUUAAGCUACUGCAGGAAAACCAGCUAAAGAAGGGAGAUGCCCUUACAGUGGCACAGAUUGCAGGCAUCUUGGCUGCCAAACAGACCAGUCAGCUAAUACCUCUGUGUCAUAACAUUCCGUUAAACAAAGUCAGUGUCCUUUUUGAAAUGGAUGAAAGCAGAUAUGUAGUGGUGAUCAAAUCUGUUUGUCACACAACCUGGAAAACUGGUGUGGAAAUGGAAGCAUUGGUAGCUGCAAGUAUCGCAGCACUUAGCAUAUAUGACAUGUGCAAGGCCGUUACUCAUGGAAUUGUCAUAGAUGAAGUAAAGCUGCUCAGUAAGACAGGGGGGCAGAGGGGCGAUUUCUACUGCUUCUAGUAAGGUUUCACAUUUCAGACUGACAAAAUUCCUCAUGAGGACAAUUCACAUAUGUGCGAAGAAGCCUGGUACAGUUCAAACAGCCUAGAAUGCAUGGCACUGCUUGCACAACUUUUUGUCACACUUCUUAUGUGAGCUUGGUAUAAAUUGCUAGUGAAGUGUUGCUGUUUGAUAGUAAAGUGUCUAAUAUUUAGCAUUCUGAAAUGUAUUUCACAAUCACCGACAAAAAAAACUAAACACUGUAGUGAACAGCUGAAUACAAAAUACCAGGUUAUGUCUUUAUUUUUUGCUAGGUUUUCUAGCUAUACAGAAUCUCCUGAGUGCAGCUUAAACUGUAGAUCUGUGACAUGAACACUUAGUGCUAUAUAAAGAAAAAUUAGCUUGAGAAAAAAAGACAGUUCUGCAGUAAAAUUUAGUGUGCAUUUGGCCUUGUGACCCAGAAAUGUAGUUUUAAAAAUAGUGUCACUGGGUGUUAAAAGAAGUACGAGGUGGCACAUUGAGUUGUAGCAUGUGUUGGGUCAUGUUGAUGGUGUGCUGUCAUUGGGUAGUGAGACUUGUCUCUGCUUCUUUAGCUGAGAGGUUGAGAGCAAUUGCAGACACAAAUACAAAGUCACUGUUGUCAAGUUGGGUUUUGUGUUUUAUUUUAGCUUGUUGCUAACAAUGGCAGCCUAUCAGUCAGGAUGGUGAAAUGGAGUUAUUGACCUUUAUCAUCUUUUGGAAUAUAGACUAAUAUUUGAAUUAGCCCACAGUCAUUCGAGAUCAUUCUUUGUCGCUGACAUAUCAUGUAGAGUAUCUGCGUUGAGAGCUUUGCAGUACCCAGCUAGUGGAACCAAAUAAAAUAUACAGUGAGUUGAUUCAUAGACCGCUCAUGAAUUUUAAGGGUACAAGGGUAAGUCCUGUAUUCACAACUAUUUUGUGUGCUUUUUUUUUACAGAAGGAUUUGCUUACCAGUGAUGCUAGUGUUUCAUAUGUGCUGAUCUAGCAAACUUCUUUACAGGUGUAAUUUUAGUACUGAUUAGACAAUUCAUGUUUAAUCUUCUGAUAAUUUAUUUCUUAUCCAUACUGGAGUAACUACUGUAUACUCCUAAAUGUAGCCACUGCUCUGUCAAUGAGACAGUUUUCGUAAACUUUUUCCGUACUAAUAUCGCUAACUCACUGACUUAUCUAGAGGGUUUAUACCACUUGCUUGUUUUGUGUAAAAAUUGUGUAUGUAGAUGGGGCAAAUGUUUGUGUUUAGGGUAAAAAUACUAUGGCAUAUUUGCCUAGCUGAGAGUCAGAUUUCUGUAUUCACUAGUUUUCUCAAAUAUUUGCAGUAUUACAGUAUUGGCAUUUUAAGAACACCAAUCCACUCAAGUCUUGCAAUUUCUUGGCAGAACUUUUAACUUGCUUGGAAUAUUAGGCAGUAGCACAAGAACUGUUCAUGUAUAGUUAAUUAAUUAUAGUUUUGAAAAAAAUAUAAUAUUCUCCUGCUUCAUACGAAGUUUGCAUAAGUUCUUCAAGUAAAUGACUUGUAAUACAGCACUUUGUGCUUGAGUCAGUAUCUCGGUCACUUCCACCACUUCAGAAACAAUAGUUUUCCAUUUCUUCAAAGAAGACUAAUAACGUUUUAUAGUUUUAGAUGUAGUUUGUAACAUUUUAGCACAUAACCAAAUCAGUGUACUAUUGCUUUCCUUUCCAUAUUUAUCUGUUUUGUUUGCCUUUUUAAGAACAAUGAUUCCUUCACAGUGUUCAUUACUUGCUCUCUUCCAUAAAAUGCACAUAUGAGAAAAGGAAAAACUCACACACACACUGCUUGAAACUUGUGCAGUUGUUGUCACAGCAGUAUAGCAUUAAUACUCAAUAAUGUUACAAAGCACUUACAGUUUUAGUUAAGAUAUGAAAAUAAAAUACAUUAUAUAUUGUACAGAAAGUUUUAGUUAGAUAUGAAAAUAAAACUAGAUCAUAUACUUUGCAAAAAUUUUGUAAACUAUAUUUUUGACAUUGAUGGUGAUGGUGAGGCAGAUACAUAUGUACAAAUUGGUUGUCUCAUUCAAUACCCGUAACAGAACAAAAAUUAUCUCUGUGUAUGCAUUAUGAAUAACUAUAUGCAUGUAUAAAACCUACUUGAUGAGAUACACUUUGUCCAGCAGUCUUAAUUCUGUUUCAUAAUGUUGUGGAAUUCAUUUAAAUAUAAAUUUUAUAUCAUUAAUUAUAAAGCUGUUUGCACUUUACUGAAGUUGUCACUGAACUGCAAAGUUUUACUUUUAUACUAUAUAAAGAUAAAAUAAUAUGCACCAAUUCUGAUGCCUUCUUUUUUACUUCAUUGUGAUUUAUGGGGAGCUGAAAGAUUGAUAGUGUACAUGCAGUUUAUUAUUAAUGUUUUUUACCUCUCAUUUUCACCUGUUUUGAAUGUUGCAGAUUCAUUUGUAGAAUAUUCAGUGUGUUUUUAAAUAGUGUGCAUGGAGUUUUAUUAACAUUUUUUGUACCUCUUCAUUUCCCACUAAUUGACACUUGCAGAUUAUACACAGUUGUAGAACACAAAAUUAUUUAUUUAAUUUGUGCACCCCAGGUGAUACCAUGAAACAUGUUCCCAGAUUGCUGCAGAUGUAUCAUACCACUGGACAAAAGCUAGAAUGAGCUUACACUGGUGCUUUCCACAAAAGCUUUAUUUACAGUUUUGCAUAAACAGACUUGCAAAAAAAAGAAAAAAAUAGUCAUGUUAGAAAACAUUGAAGUCAUCAUUCAUAGCAAUAAUGAAAAGUAUUUUUGCACCACUCCUAAUCAUGUAAAAGAAAGUGAAGGAGAGAUGGAGAGGAGAAGACUGUAUGACUAUUACCUGUUGAAUGAGAUUGUUUUCUGAUCGUGUUUUCUGUUAGGCAGAGUCAUCAACAAGUUUCGACUGCUGUUUAUACUAGUUGAUACCUUCUGGCAGCUAAACAAGUAGUAUAUAAUUUACAAAAAAAGCCUAAAAACAUGAUCAAUAAAAAUUCCAACAAUCACCUGAAACUUAGGUGAGGUGUGCAGAUCUGAGUCCUGAGACAAAGAAUUGCCAUUUUCAGCAGACAUUAAUAGUGCAGCUGGACUUAUUUCUGAUGGGGAGAAAUCUUUUUAU